AUGAAGUUCUCCACCAUCGCUAGCGCCUUCGUUGCUGCUUCUUCUGUCCUCGCUGCCCCAUUGGCUAAGAGAGACGAUGAACCUCUGACCAACAAGACUAUCUUGCUUACCAACGAUGACGGCUGGGCCGCCACCAACAUUCGUGCCACCUACACUGCCCUCAAGAACGCCGGCUACGAGGUGAUCAUGGUCGCUCCAGUGCUGCAGAGAUCUGGUUUCGGUGGUCAGUUCGCUGUGCCAACUUCCGAGACUUUGGAGACCAACGGUGAGUUCUCUUACCCACCAGCUGGCUCUCCAUCUUGGGGCCACGAGGACGAGGACCAGAGCAUCUGGUACUUCAACGGUACUCCAGCCUCUUGUGUUGCUUUCGGUUUGAACUACGUCAUUCCUCAGUACUUUGACAACAAGACCGUCGACUUGGUCGUUGCUGGUCCUAACGAAGGUCUUAACUUGUCUCCAGGUAUGUACACCUUGUCUGGUACUAUUGGUGCUACUUACGCUUCCGUGCUUAGAGGAUACCCAGCCAUUGCCUUCUCUGGCUCCAACACCAACAACUCUUUCUACAAGGACGAUGAGGACAGACUCGAUGACGAGACCUUUACCCCAGUUAUCUACGGUAAGAAGGUUGUUGAGCUUGUUGACCGUUUGUUCACCGACUCUGAGUCUCGCCCAAGAGUUUUGCCAAAGACCACUGGUCUUAACGUCAACCUUCCAAAGGUCGGUGACGAGGAUGAGAGCUGUCUUGACCCAGAAUGGCAAUUCGCUCGUUUGUCCGGUGAGGACUCUCCAGCCUCCAACUUGAAGUACGCUGACGGUAAGGUCAAGUACGCCGACGGUUUCUUCGAGGCUCCAACUGAGUGUGUCUUUGGUGACUGUGACUUGCCAUCUGAGGCUUGGGUUAUCAAGCACCAAAAGUGUAAGACUCCAAUCUCUGUGUUCUCCAUUGACUACGAUGCUUCUUACAAGCAGGCCAAGAACGUCCAGAAUUACUUGGGUGAGCUUUUCGCCUAA